CUGCGAAGCUCAUGAUAUCACCCAUCAACCAUUGUGCCUGCCAGGAACCUGUCGUCCAGCUAAUUUGCCAUUAGCACUCCUCCUUAUCCCGAUCCUGUCUCUAAAACAACAGCCCAAGCACCUCCAGUGCGACCUCUUGCAGCGCCAUUACAGAUCCCCCGGUCAUCACAUGCACAAUCUCCAGCGUCGCGGGUAGGAGCUUCUCGGGCUUGAUUGCCCCGAGACCGACUCCAUGGAGAUGACUGUGAAGAGCAAAGACCCCGUCUCGGAUUCGCAUGACUGGCCAUUCGGCAUUGUGUCCGGUGGGUUAUUUUACGUCCGGAUAAAUUGUGCUUUUUAAAUACCGUGAUCUCUCGUCGUUCUUUGCCGAAGCUUCUUUCCUUGCAAUUUCUACCAUCAACAACACGCCUACCAGAGCCAUCUGACAACAUGGUUUCAACCCCGGCUUUCCCCACAAUCAAAAAUGUGCGCACUUUCGUCAUAGCAGGUGUAGGCUCGGGCGGUGAUUAUCACAAUGUGAAAGGCGGCCACUGGCUGGUAGACAGCCCGAUUUCAACCCCGAUGGCUCGAUGGGAACAAUACCGCAAUUCGCGAACCAGCUGGGGUAUCAAUGUUUUGGGUUCUUUCUGUGUUGAAAUCGAAACAAGUGAUGGAACCAAAGGAUUCGCGACAGGCUUUGGAGGCCCACCGGCCUGUUGGCUGGUCCACCAGCAUUUUGAGAGAUUUCUGAUCGGCAAUGACCCACGCGAUAUCAACGACAUGUUCGAAAAGAUGUACCGUGGAUCCAUGUUCUAUGGUCGUAAAGGUCUUCCAAUCGCAGUUAUCUCCGUCAUCGAUCUAGCUCUCUGGGAUCUGCUCGGGAAACUGCGUAACGAACCCGUUUACAAACUCAUCGGUGGAGCCACUCGCAAGAGGUUGGAUUUCUACUGCACAGGACCCCAGCCAGCUAUAGCGAAAGAAGCCGGCUUCAUCGGUGCAAAGGUGCCCCUACCAUAUGGGCCAGACUUGGGUACGGAUGGACUGAAGCGAAACAUCGAGUUCCUUCGUAAGCACCGCGAGAGUGUCGGGCCCGACUUUCCACUUCGCGUCGAUUGCUAUAUGUCGUUGAAUGUGUCCUACACUAUCGAAUUAGUCAAGAAAGCUGAGGCAGAAGGACUGAAUAUCGACUGGUGGGAGGAAUGCUUGACUCCGGAUGAUUUUGAUGGCCAUGCCCUUCUCAAGAAAGCUCACCCUACGGUCAAAUUCACCACCGGCGAGCACGAGUACUCGAGAUACGGAUUCAGGAAGUUGGUCGAAGGACGCAACCUGGACAUAAUCCAGCCCGACGUAAUGUGGCUUGGCGGGCUUACUGAAUUACUCAAAGUCUCUGCUCUCGCAGCUGCUUACGACAUUCCAGUCGUUCCUCAUGCCUCUGGUCCGUACUCAUAUCACUUUGUAGUGUCCCAACCAAAUACCCCAUUCCAAGAAUACCUCGCCAAUUCCGCCGAUGGCAAGAGUGUUGAGCCUGUGUUUGGCAAUUUGUUCUUGAACGAACCUAUUCCUGUCAAGGGAUACUUGGAUUUAACUGAACUCGACAAACCUGGUUUUGGCCUUGAGCUAAACCCAGCAGCACCUCUAAUCCCCGCUUCCUCGCUUCUAACACCUGCUCCGUCAAAGAGCCUACCUGCUCCAGUAACGAGUCAGAAUUUCGAAACAUCAGAGACAGAGACACCCAAUGGUCAAAUUUAAUCGCGUGUGCAUAGAUCAGGUGCUAUAGAGCAUGUAAUUACUUAUGAAUGAGCAUAAUCAUACUAUCUGCUUUCCCUUUUCCCUACUAUAAUACAAUUUCG